ACAUAGCAACACUUAGUUUUAAAAUGGCGUCUAAACACAGCCGAGAGUCUAAAGAGCAAAUAAUAACUAAUUUGGCAAGGAUUACUAAGUUAUCAAGAGAAGAAGUCAAUCAUUUAAUGGAAAGAUUUAAUGACCUGUGUCGAAAGGAAGAAGGAAAGCUUAACAGGGUAGAAUUUCGUGAUGAACUAAACAGGUUCUUCAACAUCACAGAUGACAUACUUAUGGACAGAGUUUUUAGAGCAUUUGAUAAGAAAUCUUGUGGAACGCUGCGGCAAGAAGACUAUGUUAUAGGUAUUGCCAAGUUUCUCAAUGGUACUUUAGAUGACCAUAUUCAGUUAUGUUUUGAUGUAUAUGAUUUGAAUAAUGAUGGCUAUAUUGUAAGAGAAGAAAUGUUUCAACUCUUGAAAUCUUGUCUUGUAAAGGCUCCUACAGAAGAAGAUCCAGAUGAGCUUGUUAAAGAGUUAGUGGAAAUAGUCAUGAAAAAAUUGGAUUGUGAUCAUGAUGGAAGAGUAUCAUUGGCAGAUUUUAAAACAGCAGUAGCUGAAGAUAAAUUAAUGUUGGAAGCACUGGGGAAGUGUUUACCGGAUGAAAAGUGUAAACUGACAUUCCACGAAAUGAUCAAAAUGUUUGGAGGAGGGAGGUACACAUCUACUGGUGCUCUUAUCAGACAUGACAACACAAGGAAACCACGAAAAGGAAAACAAUUAGCGUAACUUGUUGGAACUGAUCUGUAAUUAUGACUCACUGGUUUAUAAAAAAACAAAAUAGUUGUGUAAAUAAUCUGUCGUGCGAUAAGGCAUUGUGUAUUGUUUUUUUUUUCUCUGAAAAAAACAUUUGUUAUUGCACAAUGUAAUACUGCUUCUGAAACACACACACACACACAAUUAAUACUUGUGUAACAUGGUAAUAUUUUUUUUUUUAUUCAAAUAGGAACUGUUUCAUUGGUUGAACAAAAUGUUAUAAAUUCAAUUAGUUAAUCUUUUAAAAAAUUGAAGCCUCAAAACUGUCUAAUUCAUGUAACCUGUUUACACAUUUAUAAAUUCAGUUAUUGAUAAAUAAGUAUUUAUAAGAUAAAUUCUUGUAUUGCAUCAAAAAUGUAUGCUCUUACUAGAUUGUUAUGAUGUACAAGUAUGUUCAUUUGAACAAAAACAAUGUUGAAGUUUGAGAAAUUCUUUCUUUUUGUGUACUUGUUCAGUUUUCUAUUUUCUUUAAUUAUAAAUAUGAGUUGCAAUGUUAUAAUUUAAAAACAAAUGUGAUGUAAUAUUAAAUUUGUAUUGUAAGAGCCAAAGGAAUAGAUUUGGAUAAUUUCCCAAAAACUUUUUUUAGUAUAUUAAUUUGUUCAAAACAGAAUCUAUCACUGUUUUUCAAGUAUUAAAUCUAUGAAAAUCUAAUAUUUUGCUAUCAAAUGCCAUAGUAUUAUUAUUUGUUUAAUUUUGUGUUUCAUCUUAGCAAACAUUUGAAACAGUUAUAUAAUACAACUUUGUUAUUUUUUAAUAAAAUUCUAAAAAAAUUAUACCCUA